AUGUCCAUCCCCAACGAAGCUCUGCAGAAGAUUUUGCAAGAAAUCGAAGCCCAAGCCAUCAGCUCCCAACAACAACUGGGCAUCACGAAGGCCCAAAUCACCACCAAACAACGCGACAUCCGCAUGCUCGAACUCACAUCCAAGGAAAUCGGAGAUCUACCCAAGGAAACGCGCGUAUAUGAGGGUGUCGGGAAAAUGUUCGUCGCCGUUCCCAUCCCCACCAUCGACAAGCGUAUAUCCAGCGAGAGCAACGAGCUCAAAUCCGAGAUUACCGGACUGGAGAAGAAGUUACAUUACCUGGAGAUGACGCAUAAGAACAGUCGGGACAACUUGGAACAAAUCCUGAAGGCGGGGCGGGCUUGA